UUCCCUAAUGAGCUAAUACAGCUUGUUGUCAACAGUGAGCUUAUUCUCCAUGGUACUUUAUCCUACUUUAUGGGUGCUCCUGUUGUCACAUCCUUUAGGAAAUAUUACUAUCACUAUGGUUGUUAUCUCCAAAAAAAAAGGGUCUACAAUAGGCUUCAUAAUCUUUUCCCAAAGUGUUCCAGUGUAUCCAACCUGGAGAGCAGCGAGUGAGGAUGAGUGUAAACCGCCCUCUCUUUGCUUCUCCUCCUCCUCACACUGGUGACAGAGAGAGAGAGAGGUGGACGGAGUGUUCAUCAGAAGCUACCCGUGAGAUUCAGCAGCAGUCAGUUGUAGUUUCUAAAUGGAGGAUUCAUGUUUUCUUCCCACUGGGUCGCAGUGUAUGAGCCGCUGUGUGUCUCAUUCCAGCAGCUGUGACGGGGACAGACAGUAAAGACAUUAGAAAGAGAGGAGAGACGCACCUCGACAGACUCCAGAGAGACACACACAGAGAGAGAGAGGAAGCUUUCAGUCCGGCAAACACUCCGCGCAAACUGGGAACGACUUGACUGAGAUAUGGGGUGUAGGCUCCCUAAGUUGCGGAAGGCAGAAGAGAGGCGAAGCCCAGGCAAUAUCUACUCCACCCUCCGACGGCCUCAGGUGGAGACUAAAGUGGGCGUGGCGUACACUUACCACUUUCUGGAUUUUCUGUUGGGGAAAGAAGAGGUGCCAGUGUCAUCGGUGCUUUGUCUCUCCUCGGUCAGAGAGCUACCUGUUCAGGUCAGGGAACUCUACGCGCAGGGUUUUGUCCUGGUUGCCGUCCAUCCGUUCGUCCAUCCCUGCGGCCCUCGCCACGCGCACAUCCAGCGGCAGCUCCACCGGGCCGUGCUGGUCCGAGAGACGCCAAGUUCAGAGAAAAGCCAACUGAGAUGGGCAAGACAUCGUCUGGAGACAGAUGUAUGUGUGGCAGGUCAUCAAGUAGCUGACCCAGAGGUGAUCCAGAGCUAUGUCAAAAGAAUCCAGGAUGUAGCGGAGCAAGGGGUGAUGUUUGUGGGCUUUCUCCAACAGCCAGGAGGAGCACCCUGCUUUAUGGGGAGCUGGGACCCUGAGGAUUUAUCCUCCCUGCACUCCAGCCCUUCCCCCAUACAUCGACACCCCUUCAGCUCCAACACCAGCCCGACAGAUCCCACAGAACCGCACCAUAGUGAUGUAGAGGCUGACCAUCCCCCCUUUGAACCUCAAGAGUUAGAUCGUGAAAGUGUCGAACAUACACAGGACCGCAGGCCUUCGCUGCCCAGAGAACCAGACUUCAACCCUCUGAAACCCAUCCAGUCAUCAGAGAUCAACACAGAGGAAUCUAAUGAACAAAUUCAAACCUCGCACAUCAGCCUCAGAGAGCCACUUGAAUCAACAAACCAACCUCAAGAUCACAGAAAAGUCAGUGAGGAUGCAGUUCAGUGGUGUUCAAAUCAAAACCCAGUAGAGAACCAGGGGAACCAGCUGUGUCCCAGUACUCCAGAAACCGCAGGAACAAUCAGACGGCAUGACCGUAGUCCGCCAGAUCUCAAAGAAUCCACAGAGAAGCAUUUUAAACUUCCAAAUCGGAGAGAAAGACGAGAUUCAGGCUCAGACAGCUGGCUCAGCUCUCCAGAACUGGAUCGUAACCGUGAGAAGAAGUCCAACCCUACCUGUGUAGACGGGCAAAGCAGAGUGACGACACACAACAACAACAACCAUAUGCGGCUCAAGAAUUCAGAGAAAGAUAAGAAUGCAACUUCACCACCAGCACAAGCUAGGAUGCAGCUCUUUGCUCUGUACAACCACACAGGAGAGCUGAACACCUCUCUGAGGUUCUACUCACUCAGGGUACCACUGCGAGUACAAAAGGAGGCAGGGCUAGUCACAGAAGUUGAUGCACAUUGGCUUGACCACAUGACUCAGCAUUUCACCAGCGGCGCUCACCUCAUCGAUGGCUUUUUCCAGCUCGGAGACGAUAAUGAUAACGGGGUUUCAUCUGUGGAUAGCGUGUUCAUCCUCCAGAGCUCUGCAGAGGAGACCACGAACGCCUCCUACGAUGCUAUCGUGGUUGAGCAGUGGACCGUUGUAGAUGGUGUGGUGGUAAAGACAGACUACAUCCCACUGCUCCAAUCUCUUGCUCCGUAUGGAUGGAGGCUGAUGUGUGUGUUACCCACACCAAUUGUCAAGACCAACAGUGACGGGAGUUUGUCGACCAAGCAAAUCCUUUUCCUUCAGAGGCCCGUUUUGCAGCGCAAGAGAAAAGACUUCAAGAUGCUGAACCUCAGGGGUCGCAGCAAGGCAAAGAAAAACUCUACUGGAGAAACGCCUGAGGAGAUGGAGGACAGGUCCCCCGUGAUGGAGACAGAGAUGGACAGGUUGAGAAGAAACACAAAAGCAGAGGAAGAAGCAGAGGGGAGGAAGAGCUGGGACAGCGGAAGGAGCGAAGGAGCGAGCCCUCAGGAAGGUGGUAAGGAGAGCGAAGGGGAUGCGCAACAUCAAAAGGGCCUCUUGCUCCUACCGGGGAGCAGGGCUUCCGUUGAAGACCAGGAAGAGGAAACUGACAUCGACAAGAUCCUUAUGUCCAAGCAGGAAAAGUCAGUGAGAUGGACAGAUAUGUGUCAGAGAGAUGACGGAGGGGUCAAGGAGGAGGUGAAGACAGAAGAGAGAAUCAAACAGCAGCUGUUUUCUGGCGUCUGUUGACACAUUGGGCACAAAACAGGCAAUAGGGAGCUGGAACCUGGUUAGUUUAUCCAAAAAAAAAAGCCUUUUGAAAGGGAUGUUUUGUUGAUUUGGAUGUUUAGUUCCUCUGUGGACAACACAGACGUUGUAUCUAUAUCACGUACUGUUGCUAAUGCGUCAAUCUGCUCUGGUUAGGGGUCUGUGAGGUUGUAGGGAAGCAGUGUUGUGCAGUUCUCUGCUUCGGGUCAGUGUUGCUACUGUAUUUGAUGUUAUAUGAAAUGAGACCGUACAAAGCUAAACAGUACAACCUAGAGCAAGUCUAUAUCCCGAGCCUUAAGUAUUAUUUUCUUGCCAAUUGUUGUAUUUUACUACUUUCUUGUAAUAGGAUUGUUAAAAAGGGAGUAUUGAUUUCACUGGGCUUGUUGUAUUUUUAUAUGUAAAAAGAAAACUUAUGAUAGAAAUAAGAGGGGGAAAGCAAACAAAGUACCUAGUACGUUAUGUUGAUGUAUUACCUUUACAUUUAAGGGUCACUUCACCCAAAUUACAAAUAAAUACAUCUUUUCAGAUAUGUCAUAAAUUUCUUCCACCUCAAUAUAAUGGAGGUGAAAGGAAUUUUGUAGCAGCAGCAGCAACGUUUUUCCUGAAUUUGUCCUGUUUAUGGUGGAUAAGCCCCUUUGCUAUGAAUAGUUUUUAUUAGAACUACUUGGUACCAAAGAAAUGGUUCCUAAAAUAAAAUUGUUAAGUGCAUUCUGUGGAUUGUCCAGAGUAAUGGGGACACUUUAAGAGAUGGAGCUGUUGACUUUUAUACGUUUUU